AUGUCGACCGGCCAGAUCACACUCUCUACGUGAGUUGAAGCACCAAAUGGCUAGAGUGAUGAGAUGACGUGCAGUAGCAGUAGCUGACUUGAGAUCAGGUCGCACGACCCCACACCUGUUGCCGCGCGUGCUGUACGGCUCACACAGCUCCGACAACGAGACCUUCAAGGUCGAGAAGGAUGUUGCCAACCGCUCCGUUCUGAUCAAGAACAUGAUCGAGGGUCAGUCGUCUGGCGCCCAUCUGCAGCUUUCACGCCCUUGACGCCGACGACGCGGCGGGCACGACCCACCCACCGCGAGCCAGGCCAAGCCCAGUCAUUCGCCCCACCGCACCGCACACCACACCGACCCGCCCCUGUCGCCCCCUCCCCCCUUCCGACCGCCGUAUGCUGACACCCGGGUCAAUGACUCUCACUCUAGAUCUUGGAGAGACCGACCAUCCGAUCCCUUUGCCCAACGUUUCGUCCAACGUCCUUAAAAAGGUGAGCUUGCGUCAUCACUUGGACGACUCUUUGGGCUGCUGCACCCCCUCCGACGUGACACUCGCUGCCACGGCAUUGCACACAUAGGGGAACGAUCCGAGAGGAGAUUCGAGAUUUUCCUGGGCUGGAUCCAUCGAAAGCGAUGACUGAUUACUCCGCGCGCGGCGGUAUCCUUGGACCCAGGUCUUGGAAUGGUGCGAGCACCACAAGAAGGACAUCGACCCGCCUGCCGAGGAGAACGACGACACGAGGCGAAAGAUGACCGAGAUCUCGGACUGGGACCAAAAGUGUGAGUGUGCUAGGACAUGUCAUGUCUCGCAUGGUGGCGUGCUUGGGGAUGUCACAUCUCGCAUGAUGGUAGUCGGGUCAAGCUCCGGUUCCUGGAGCUGGCGCGUGGAGGUUCCAACGCGAGUGCCUUUCGAUGUCAGCGGCUGACCCGAAGCCUGGUCGUACCUCUCUACAGUCAUCCAAGUUGACCAAGAGAUGUUGUUCGAGAUCAUUCUCGCUGCCAACUACCUCGACAUCAAGCCCCUUCUGUGAGUUGCUCGAGGCCGACGACCGGCGUGGCCCCUUUUUGACGUCAGCCGCCGGGCACGUUCACAGCGAUGUCGGUUGCAAGACGGUCGCCAACAUGAUCAAAGGCAAGCAGCCCGAGGAGAUCCGUAAGCUGUAAGUUGCUUGAGCUGCUGGCUCUGCUCACUGUCCACGCUUGUCGCCCGGCACUCGCUGAGCGCGGUCGAUCGACGUCCCCUUCCUUCAGGUUCAACAUCGUCAACGACUUUACGCCCGAGGAGGAGGCGCAGAUCAAGAAGGAGAACGAGUGGGCAGAAGACCGUUAG